ACGGCAUCUAGCUUUUGUUUUGCGUACAAGCGACUUGAGUUAAUCACUGAUGAUGUUGCCCCUUGACGUUGCGAGAGACCGGAACGGGACAACCAUCACGAAUCCGAGCGUAUAAAAGAUGUACCAACUGAAGUAUACUUUUUACCCCACCUGCCUCCACGUAUCCCAACUCCGGUGAGAUAUGUUUAUGGAGCAGAAAGGAUAUCCACUUUCUUCAAGGCUUCGGCUCGUAAUAACUUUCUUAGCAGCAUCACAGUUUUUCACUGCCAUUUGCGCUAUUAUUACCUGCAAUCAAUUUCAGACUGCGCAGGCAAUUCGCCCCAAAAUCAAAUUAUUCGGAGAGAACAUUCAGACACAGAACUAUUCGUACCUUGGGCAUGAUUAUCUGCAGGAAUGGAACGUCCCCGGUCCUACUGACUCGGAGGUGUACGCCUACGUCGCAAACUUGAAGCAUUACGCCCUCGAUACCGAGACCGGCAUAUCAGAAUGGGACAGACUCUUACCACCGGGUGGCGGGAUGGUACAUCUUGGACCUACCCAAAGACCAUUCAGCGUCUCUAUGUUUCAUCAGCUUCGCUAUUUGAACAUCAUACGCGGGGGAUUGAAGGACCCGAAGGAGUUACUUCAGCACUGCAUGAAUUAUUUGCAACAGAUGGUUCUAUGUCGAGCCGACUCGCAGCUUCAGUCAGUGAGGAGAUCUACAGGCAGACAUGUGACAUCAUGGAGCCAGCCUCGCGCUUGUAGGAGCUGGAAGAUAGUGGAAUGUAGUGCAUGAUGCUACUGAGGCGAAUUCCAG